GUUUGGGAACCACUGCUCUAAACGUUGGCAAUGGUUGACUGCAAAAACAUUCUACCUGCGAGGAAUAUAACGUUGAUUAAAUGUUGUUUCAAUGUAAUUUUUCUGGAGGUUUAGGUUCUGUUUCAGCAUGUGGGUUGUUCAGUGAUGCGCCAAUUAAUUUGCGUGGGCGGAUAAAGUCCAUAACAAAAUUCCUUGGUGUUGAAGAUUUGUAAGAGAUAAUCCCGUUAUUAUGUAUUGUUAAGAAAGCGAUAAGUCAACAAUGGCAGAUGAGGACAAUUUCCGUCCAGUAUUCAAGUAUUACAAGAGCAGGGAACCGCGUCCUGACUUGAGCAGACUGCUGCGCGUAGCCUCUGGCGAGCCGGGCGUGCAUCUUCUUGAACCCCCAACGCAGUCCCUCAACUGCAAAGAUUUCUGCGCCCUGGGGCUGCACCCGCCAACACAGUGGCAGGUCUUCGCAGUCCACAACCACCCUGGUCUGUUGGUGAUACACGGAGCGUUCACGCCUCAGGGUGAACUGUUCUGGACUGCCAAAUGCCUAACAGAAUAUCCUGACUCGCCUAACAUCAACAACAUCACGAACAUCACAAGCGGCAUCAGCACCCACGAUAAUAUCCCCAACACUCAAAAAAACCGCGGCCACGAUGCGGGUUCUGCCACGGAAAUGUCCAAUUUAUCAAAGAAUGAGGAAGAUAAUUGCGCGCAUGAGAGUUGGUGGAAAGAUGUCGUGAAUGGAGGCGGAGUGGAGAGUUCAGUGUGCCGAGAAUUGAGGUGGAGCACUUUAGGUUACCACCACAACUGGGAGACUAAAGUCUACAGUGAAGACCGAAGGUCGGCCUUCCCUCCAUGUCUAUCGCGCCUGUCCUCGGUCAUUGCAUCAACCGUGGCAACUUUCUUGAGGACUUCAAAAUUGUCAAAACUACAAAAAAGACAAAAGUCGACCCUUUCAAGAAGUCAAACCACAUCAUCAAAUAAUUUAUCGACUUUUGAAAAUGAGCAACGUGACGAGCCUAUUCCUAAUUCAAACGAUACAGUUGAAGAUGAAGGCAGCAACUCUAGGCAGUUUGCAACAAGAUCAGGAAGAAAAUCUCGUGAGGUUGUGGAAGAUGGUGGCUGUACCGACUUGAAUUGUAAUGAAGACGCCGAGGCGACCUAUGAAACUAGGAUGAGUAAUGGGAAUAAUAUAAUGAGAAAAAGUUAUGAAUUUAAUUGUGCCAACGGAAUGAAUUUGACGAAAGCUGUUAUGAAUAACUUGGAUGAUUUUGGUGACGUGGAUUCAAAUACUUCAGCGAUAGGAAUACACGGGCUGAACGCAGAAGAUUUUGACGAGUUUACGGCAGAGGCCGCAAUUGUAAACUACUACUUGCCGGGCACGAGUUUGUGUCCACACACGGACCAUUCCGAGUCUAUAUACACCGCGCCCCUGCUCUCCAUCAGUCUUGGACGUCCAUGUGUGUUCCUAAUCGGCGGACGAGACAAAAGUGUACCGCCGUCCGCACUCGCGCUGCGGUCUGGGGACGUGGUCGUCAUGGGCGGCGCGGCGCGUCUCAGCUACCACGCGGUGCCCCUCGUCUGCAGCACCGACCAGUGGCAGCAAAUGGCCGGGCCUCAGCUGCCCCGCGGACCAAUCGAGGACUUGGGGCAAUUGUCGUGUACUUCUUGCGGUGCUGGUCCAACUUGGGAGCUGGAGAAGAAUGAUGAAUUGAUUAGGCAAUAUUUCGACAUGUAUCGGAUAAAUAUAAAUGUGCGACAAGUUGGGAAACUUUGAUUUUCGUCACGUAUUGUGAAACAUAUUUGAGAAUAUUUCACAAUGUAAGUGCAAUUAUUACUUUGGUUAUUUUGAAUUUCUUGAGGUGCCUGUUAAAUGAGGAUCCAACGGAGGAUGUAGGAGGGUGAUAGGAUAAUACUAUGAAUUCGAGGAACUAGACAUUUUCGAGAAAGCAGCGAGAAAUGUUCAUGGCGCGUUGUAGAAGAAGCAACGCAUGUGCAUGCAGUCUAAGCGUACCCAACGAAUGGUUACCUGAAAGAGAAAAAUUAUAUGAUCAUAUAUUACCGUCUUUUGUGUUCCUAAGAAAGCUACUUUGAUGUUUCACAAUAUAAUCAUGUUUUUAAGAAACUUCAAAUAAAUGUAAAAUUUCUUAUGGUUUAUGUAUAUGUAGCAAAUGUAAGGUAAAGGAACGAAUGCCGUUUCAUAUCCCAUAAAUGUAACAAAUUUCUAGUCCUUCAAUUUGUUCUUACCAGUUUGAAGAAGGUAUAUUGAAUUGCUUUAAUAAACGGCUAUGUAUUUCAUAUGUUCGCUUAAUUUACCAGU